CAGCUGGUCCAGUGCGCAUGCGCUGUAAACUUGAUUCGAGGAAGUGGCAGGAGAGACAACUGAAGCGACACAGAAGAGUUUGUUGUUUAUUCGGAGCGGACCGACCAGCACGCAGACACUUCAAAAUGUCGGGAUAUGAUAGCAACCCGUUUGCGAGCCCCGCCAGCGACAACCCUUUCAAUGACCCUGCGGUCACACAAGUGACCAACUCCAACAUCGAAACAGUUGACCCUUUCCUUGCCCAUCCCACAGAUGGCUUAGCUGCUCAUACCACUCCAGCCACCACCUCUCCCUACCAGCCUGCUGUGUUACAGCCGUCUACAGAGCCCAGUCCACAGGCAACUGCUGCUGCAGCUCAGGCCAACCUGCUGAGGCAGCAAGAGGAGCUGGAGAAAAAAGCUGCCGAGCUGGACCGCAGAGAGCACGAGCUACAGGGCAGAGGCCCGUCAGGCAAAGAAAACAACUGGCCUCCACUUCCCAAGUUCUUCCCCAUCAAACCAUGUUUCUAUCAGGACUUCUCAGAGGAAAUCCCCCCAGAGUACCAGAGAGUGUGCAAGAUGAUGUACUACCUAUGGAUGUUCAACUGUGUGACCCUGUUCCUCAACCUGCUGGCGUGUUUGGCUUACUUCACCACUAAUGCUACCUAUGGUGUAGAUUUUGGCCUCUCCAUCCUCUGGUUCAUCCUCUUUGCUCCCUGCUCCUUCCUCUGCUGGUACCGGCCUGUCUACAAGGCCUUCAAGACUGACAGCUCCUUCAGCUUCUUCUUCUUCUUCUUCGUGUUUUUCUGCCAAGUGGUGAUCUUGAUCAUCCAGUCUGUGGGCAUCCCCAGGUGGGGGAACAGUGGUUGGAUCGCUGCCUUCUCUAUCAUCGGCACAAACAAGGCAGUCGGUGCCAUCAUGAUCAUAGUGGCCAUCCUGUUCACCAUCUGCGCUGUGCUGUCGGUCAUCCUGCUCAAGAUGGUCCACAGCAUGUACCGCCGGACCGGUGCCAGUUUCCAGAAGGCCCAGCAGGAAUUCUCACAGGGGGUCUUCACCAAUAAAACCUUCCAAACUGUUGCCUCUGGUGCAGCAUCCUCCGCUGCCCAGGGAGCCUUCCAAGCCAACAACUAAUGGUAGACCGGGCAAAGCUAAGCUCCAUUUAACAGGUCAAGGUCUACAUGUUAUCAGGUCUAGAUUAUUAACUAAAACCAAUCAGAGUGAAUCAGGAAGUUUAGAGUUGUUGAGGACUUGUCGGUUGGUACCAAAGUAGCAGGAAGUUAUUGCUUCUCCCUUUUGGAGCCAGCAUUCUAAUCUAGCCUAAUGAUGUGUAGACCUUGAGCUAAGUGAGGCUACGUUCUUAGCCUCGCUUCAUUCACCCCUACUAUCAAUGCACAUGCAAAUCCCCACUUUACACGUUCAGAAUGUCUCCCGCAGAGCCACUUUGUCCGGCUCUGCUUGCGUGUAAAAAGCAGACGAGGGGGAAAGUCACACAUCCAAGUGCAUUCUGGGGUGGAAAGCAUGAAUGAAGUUGACUGAUUGCUAUUUCAACCGUGUCCUGGCUUUGUAUAUUUUGUGUGCACUUUUUGGCAAUGCUCUUCAGUGUAAUAUGUGACUGUGUGUGUGUGUGUGUGUGUGUGCUGGCAUGCUGAUCACAUGUAUUCAUGUGGGUGCAGUAUGCUUUUUUUUCUCUCUCCACACUGUUGGUGGACUGAUCCUGUAAUAUAAUUGAGAUGAAGUGUUUCUGGUUGUCACUGAUUGGCAUUUCUUCUUUGUUGUUGAACCUAUUUUGACAAACCAUGUCUUGUGUGUGCUGCAAAGAAUGAAGAGGAAGGGGAUCUAAUAAAUCACAUAGUUUAUUAUGAUCUGACUGGCCCUAGAUUUCUGGGUAUUACUGUAACUUUACACUUACAGUUCUGGUUAAUUAUUCAUUAAGGAAAAAUACUUCAUCACUUUUAGACUGUCAUAGCAUGCUGUCAGUUUCUAAAAAAACCCUCUGUGGGGUCAGGAAACUGUGGAAAUAUUGUAUAUUUAGAUAUCAUGGGAUGAUUUUCUACAGGAAAAAGUAUUUUUGCUUCCAUCAGUUUUAAGCAAAUUCAAUUUUAAAAUACCGAAGCAGCUUCAACUCCAUCUUUGAUCACUGUCUUGCUCAGGAGUUGUCUCUAAGGAAACCAAAGUAAAUGACUCAAAACAUGUUUUUGCUAAUAAAUGUAUUUAGUCUAAUUAGAUACCGAUUCAUACGAUUUGCUUUAAUGGGCUGAGCCUAUUCACUUCAUGACUAACAGUUAAAGCAGGAGGAGGAACGGUGUAGAAAUUGUGCGUAGUUAGCUUUUGGAAUGAUCAGAGUCUCAGUGCUUUAAUGAGGUCUGACAGGAGAAUCAUGGCUUGAAUGAUCCCAGAUUUGUCUCAUUUGUCAUUUAGACUUGCCAUAAAACUUACCUUCCUUUCUAAAGAGAACCAGUAUGCAGCUGAAGGUUUUGCAUUUUGAGUUUCUCGUAAAUGGUUUCACCUCUUUGAAAGAAUUCUCGAGUCUUCCUUACACCUCUCUACCACCAAGUUCUAAAUUAUUUGUGUACCGAUGUAUAUUUCCUACGUGAUUUCUUAUAUUGAAAAACAUGCACGUGUGUUUAUUUGAUGUACUGCUUAAAAACAUCAGCAUGGAUGUAACAUGUUAGCAUUUCUAAAUGAAAAAAUUGCGAUUUGUUUGACGUCCGUGCUACAGAUAGCGGCCUAUUUUAAAGUUCAGUCACCAAUUAAAUGAUUAAUGAUUUGUAUUCAUUCACACAUUUCUGUAUGCAUCCUUUUAGGAGACUAGAAUCCAGUGCCUUUUGUAUUUCAAUAUUGAAUAUAAUAAAAUGCUUUGCUUUCA